ACUUCCGGUCGGCCGCUCCUUCUUUCUGCUUCUCUAUGGUGCGCAAGCCACAGAGUCCCCGACGCCGGAAGUGGCACGCUCUCCGGGACGCGUCGGGGCGCCGUGUGGUAUUCAGCAUUAUUAACCACUCGGGCACCAUCUGAAGCCCAGCUCCCAGAUUGUCUUCAUUGCCUUCCCCAGUGCAACGCCUCCAGCUUUAAUGUCCACCACCACCCUGGAGGUCUCUGCUAUUCCCUCCUGACUUUACCAAACAACCAUGUCAUCAGAAUCAAGCAAAAAACGAAAGCCCAAAGUGAUCCGAAGUGAUGGAGCUCCAGCUGAAGGGAAGCGUACUCGUUCUGACACUGAGCAGGAAGGUAAAUACUACAGUGAGGAGGCUGAGGUGGACCUACGGGACCCUGGCAGAGACUAUGAGCUGUACAAGUACACGUGCCAGGAGCUGCAGAGGCUCAUGGCCGAGAUUCAGGACCUGAAGAGCAGGGGCGGCAAGGACGCGCAGGCAGUUGAGAUAGAAGAUCGGAGGAUCCAAAGCUGUGUGCAUUUCAUGACUCUAAAGAAGCUUAAUCGAUUAGCCCACAUCAGGUUGAAGAAAGGAAGAGAUCAGACCCAUGAGGCCAAGCAGAAAGUGGAUGCCUAUCACCUGCAGCUCCAGAACCUGUUGUAUGAGGUGAUGCACCUGCAGAAGGAGAUCACCAAGUGUCUGGAGUUUAAGUCAAAGCACGAAGAAAUUGAUCUGGUUAGCUUAGAGGAGUUUUAUAAGGAGGCUCCUCCAGAUAUCAGCAAGGCAGAAGUCACCAUGGGAGACCCUCACCAGCAAACCCUUGCACGUCUGGACUGGGAGCUGGAGCAGCGGAAAAGGCUGGCGGAGAAGUACCGAGAGUGCCUGUCCAACAAGGAGAAGAUCCUCAAGGAGAUUGAGGUGAAGAAGGAGUACCUGAGCAGCCUCCAGCCUCGUCUCAACAGUAUCAUGCAGGCUUCCCUCCCGGUGCAGGAGUACCUGUUCAUGCCCUUCGACCAGGCUCACAAGCAGUACGAGACAGCCAGACACUUGCCGCCUCCCCUCUAUGUGCUCUUUGUCCAAGCCACUGCGUACGGGCAGGCCUGUGCUCAUAGGAAAUCUUCCCAGCCCCCUAGACAGGAUAAGAUGUUGUCUGUGGCGAUUGAAGGCAGCGUGGAUGAGGCCAAGGCUCUGUUCAAGCCUCCUGAGGACUCCCAGGACGAUGAGAGUGACUCGGACGCCGAGGAGGAGCAGACCACGAAACGCCGGCGACCCACACUGGGAGUUCAGCUAGACGACAAGCGUAAGGAGAUGCUGAAGAGGCACCCGCUGUCUGUUCUGCUGGACCUGAAGUGCAAAGAUGGCAGUGCGCUGCACCUGACUUUCUACUACCUCAUGAACCUCAACAUCAUGACGGUGAAAGCCAAAGUGACCACCGCCGCAGAGCUGACCACCCCCAUCAGCGCAGGUGACUUGCUGUCUCCUGACUCAGUCCUGAGCUGCUUGUACCCGGGGGAUCAUGGAAAGAAGACUCCCAAUCCAGCCAAUCAGUAUCAAUUUGAUAAAGUUGGCAUCCUGACUUUGAGGGACUACGUACUUGACCUCGGUCACCCCUACUUGUGGGUGCAGAAGCUGGGUGGUCUUCACUUCCCCAAAGAGCAGCCUCAGCACACUGUGAUCACAGACCACUCACUGAGCGCCAGUCACAUGGAGACCACCAUGAAACUGCUGAAGACCAGGGUGCAGUCCCGCCUCGCCCUCCACAAGCAGUUUGCCUCCCUGGAGCACGGCAUUGUCCCGGUCACCAGCGACUGCCACUACCUCUUCCCUGCGAAGGUCGUCUCUCGCCUGGUGAAGUGGGUGACGAUUGCCCAUGAGGACUACACGGAGCUGCAUUUCACCAAAGACAUUGUGGAGGCGGGACUGGCCGGGGACACCAAUCUCUACUACAUGGCACUUGUGGAGAGGGGCACAGCUAAGCUCCAGGCUGCUGUGGUGCUGAACCCUGGCUACUCAUCCAUCCCACCCAUUUUCCAGCUCUGUCUGAACUGGAAAGGGGAGAAAACCAACAACAACGAUGACAAUAUUCGGGCCAUGGAGAGCGAGGUCAACGUGUGCUACAAGGAGCUGUGCGGCCCGCGGCCUGGCCACCAGCUUCUGACCAACCAGCUGCAGCGCCUGUGCGUGCUGCUGGACGUCUACCUGGAGACGGAGAGCCAUGACGACAGCGUGGAGGGUCCCAAGGAAUUUCCCCAGGAGAAGAUGUGUCUGCGGCUUUUCAGUGCUCCCACGUCCAGGAGGAUCACAGCUGUAGGCAGUCGGGCGUCAAAGAGGAGCCAGCUGUGAAAUAACACACACGGUGCAGACCUCCGCUGUCCCGCUCAUCAUCUGGGUGACUCAGAGAGCCACUUCAGCUCAGCUCUGAGCCUUUCCCAAAGGCUGAAAUGGAAGCAUUACCUUCUAACUCAUGACGAAGCAGAGGUAGUUCACGUAGGCCUUCCAAAAUGGAUCUCGGCAGACGGAGCCUCAGAAAAUGCCCACAGGCGCUGGCGGCUUGGUAUUCAGUGUAUCUGCACGCCCCGCAUUUCUGGCUGCUUUUCCUUCCGCUUUGGUGUCGGGUCUUUUCCUUCCCUUUCAUCCCUUAACUCAUGGUCUUGUUCUUUGAGUCAGUUUCAGAAUCCCAGAGCCCACACUCCUCAGGCAUCCCUUCCCUUUGGGGCAGGGGGCUGGGGAGGAAUGGUGUCACAAAGGGCUAUAGUGUGUAUCCAGGGAGGACAUGCUGUGUUCUCUGACAGUCUGGAAGGUGCCUUGCCUGCCUUCACCUUCUCACACAGCCAGCCUCCGCCCCUGGAGGCUGUCCCACAUCCUCCCGCCUCCGUCUGGCACCUCCACCUGGCCUGGCUUCUUGUGCAGCCCCACGGUGGCUGCGAGGCGGCGCUGACGGCUAGGUGCCGGUGUGUUCUGGGACUUGCUGUCCCUGGUCUGUCUGUGUGAGACCUCAGCUCUUCCCCGCGCCCCGCCUGCUGUAGCACAUUUCCAGGGUGGGAAUUCUCACCCAGCCACUGUCUGUUCUUUGCUGUCUAGUGGUUCCCACAGGACCCGUUUCCUGAACUGCUUUGUUCCCCAGGCUGUGCUCGUCUGUCAUUUUGUUCUGGGAAGGUGCUCCUUUGGCUGCCCAGAUCCAGUUAAUUCCAUGACUGAUGAGAUGUGGGAUGUGAGAUUCUUGGUGUGGAGUCCUCCUGACCACUGGGAUCAGGUCAAGGGCCUGGGCUGCAAAGGGCUGGCCUGGGCCGCAGGAGACUCGAGGUCUGGCUCUGCCCGGGGCUGGCUGCCUUCAGGCUGUGGGGUCUCCAUCAGCUGUACGCCUCAAUUUACCUGACUCGACUCUGUACCCUUCUGGUGUUGGGAAGGUUCAUGACAUCAUUUUAAGAAAAGACUUUGGGGCCAGAACAGCCUGGGUUCAAAUUGCAGCUGCUGCCUGUGUGAUCAGGGUCUGAAGCUCUUGAGCUUCAGAUUCCUCAUCAGUAAAACUGUAUCCAGUCAGGUGGUGUUGGGAGCAUGAAAUUAAACCAGGGGAGCCUGUCAAGUGCCAAGCACGGUGCAGGCAGAGGAAGCCCUCCUUUAAGUCCAUUCUGUGCAGUGUGGCAAAAAAAAAAAAAAAGAUACACAAAUCUCCUCCCUCUGGCAAACACCUACACUGCCUCUCACCCUCCCUCCCUCAGACCAAGAUCCAAGGUGUCACCUUCUGGUUACCACUGAAUGUCAGUCACAGGCAGAAGAAUGAAAGAGGCCCUUUAGCUGGACAUUGUUCACCAUGGAGUUGUGUGGAAAAGGACCCUGCGUGAAGUUUUUGCCCAGGGGCCCAAGAUGAGCUGAAGCACCUAAAUGUCACAAGGUCCAGGCUUUGGCUAUGGUUGUUAGCCUCUUGUGCCAGCAGGCUUUAGCAUCAGACCUGGUUUUGAAUUUGGUCUGUGAGACUUUCUGACUGUCUAAUAUCAGGUAGGUCACAUCCCUAAGCCUGCAUCUUCAUUUAAAAUCUUUGAAAUGAUAGAAAUAGCAUCUCUGAAGUAGCAAGUAUAAACGCAAGGCCCUUGGCAGGCACUUAGUACAGAUUCUUUUCCCACAUAAACUCCUACCUGCAUGGGAAUCUCCCUACAAAAGAGGAUUUUCAAGUUAUAUUUUUUUAAUCAUAGACAUGAAUAAAUCAUGUUUGUUGUUAAACAUAAAAACAGCAACAAACUGUUGCAUAAAAACAAUGUAGACAGUGAGGGUGCCCAAGCCCCCUGUCCCCUAAAGUGCCCGUCGUCAGUGGGCACUUCCGGGCUUGUGUGGGCACAUCAUGCCUUCGGGGGCACAUGAAGACGUUUUUUCAGAACCGCUGUCACACCUGUCAUACUGUUCUG